AUGCCUUUUGAGUCACCAGACUUCAUGCAGUUCUCGGGCAUGAACUUCGAUCUUCCCAGAUCCACUAUCUCAGAACCCGUAGCACCUAGCUCACACUACCCCACCCCGGGAUCUACCGCAGAACAUUCCGCCAGUACGCUAGACUUGGAUAUAUUGGAGAGUUUACAGUUGCCCCCACGACAUGUUAUCCUCCAACUCGGCGAACUCUUCUUCGAACAUCUCUACCACAUGUUCCCUUGCUUCCACAGGAAGAGCUUUCUGGCAAAGGUUGAAUGUGGUGAUAUGGAGAAAGAUGCCCCGCUUCUCCUAUAUGCCAUGUGCUGCGUAACAGCUAGGUAUCAUCCAGACGCCUCAAUCCGAAAGCGCUCGAAAGACUGGUACGAACAAGCACGUUUCUCCUACGAUCUGACACGGCGAAGACCAGACCCGGCUGUCCGCACAAUACAGGCCGUACUACUCCUUGUGUUCCACGCUUGGACUAUUGGCGACUACUCUGCUAGCUGGCUCUUCUUGGGGAAGGCCUGGAGGCAGGCUGUUGUGCUCGGCUUGAACCGUAUGGAUGCCAGCCACCACCUCUCUGAUACAAUACCCAUUAACGAAUACUCAUGUGCUUCUGAUAAUAUCAACCGCGAGUCAGCACUCGAGCGAGAAGAAUCCCGACGAGCACUUUGGCUAUUGUUCAUCAUGGAUCGAAUGCAUGCAUGGCCGACGGGCUGGGCCCAUGCUAUACCCGAGAUACAAUUCAAGGUCGAUAUCCCGGUUGCUGAAGCAAUAUUCCAGGGCAUGAAUCCUGAACUGAGAGAUAACUACAUCACUAACUUACCGUUCACGAGAAACCUGUCGCGUCUCAUAAACGCCGUAUCGGUUCUCAAGGACUCCUCGAACGUCUUUCACUACGUGAUUAUAGCACACGUCCUGCUUGGCCGGGUCGGUGAACUGUUGUGUUCUCUCCACACCUCUCCAGACAGCCCUGAAUAUGCUGAAGAUUGCACCGAAUUAGACGACAUGAUUGUCAAAUUUAAUCUCAGCCUCCCGCGCACAGCGAGUUCGAUUCUGGAAGCGUUACCAGCUGAUCGCGGUCAUGUCGCAUGGCUACACAUCAUCCUAAACACCAUGACAAUCCUUCUACAUUACCGACGUGAGAAGCAUGUUUCAAUCGAGGAGUCGGCUUCGCAGUUCACACUUGCUGUGAUAGCGGCUCAGAAUAUCGCGCAGAUUGUCAAAGAUGCGUCGCGUAUAUCCAUCGACCUUCUGCUCUCUGCACACAUCGGGUCUUCGUUGUAUGUUGCAGCAUGCGUGCUCGUUAUUCAGUGGCGCGUCACCGGCGACAGUAGCUUCAAAGAGGACGUGGACUUGAUCGCCCUUCUAUUCGGACGCAUGGAUGAAGUGUUUAGCUUUCUGGGGUUGAAGUUCAAGAUCGCGCUUGAGCAUGACGUGCAGAAAAGUCCAGAAGAGCUACAGAGUCUGCGGAAGCGGGGGUUAGAGGGUGUGUUGGUUGACUGCACCAAGUGGACUCACGUCAAAGAAGAAGUCGAGAGAAGGGGAAUGAAUCUCGAUUUGUCAUAA